AUAGUCAGGUUUUUACUUUCACUGAUUGAAUGAAGGUUAGCUCUGUGUGAUGAUGAAGCUCCCUCCCGGUUAUUGACAGUGUCACGGCCAUGCUAACAUGCUAGCAGCCGUCUGCUGUACUGCAUUUGGGGCUUCAGGGUGACUCGCGCAUCCUGUCUGCCGGUUAUUUAGCAGCAGAGCCGGGUGGAGGAGUGAGCUGAUGCCGCUACAGCACCACGGACAGCUAGCACGCCCCGGAUCCGGCUCCACUAACCGGCUGCUGCCCGGAGCUAGCAGCGGAUCCGGCUAGCGGCUAACGCGGCUGAGAGCUGCAGAAGUGAGCCGGCCAGAGGAGCCGAGCUGACAGCAUCAUAGAGGGAACACAGAGGAAAGAGGAACCCCGCUGCACCUCCAGGAAAGACUGAGUGGAGCAGCCUGCUGUGGUUCAGAAUAUGCCUGGUAACAUCAUAGCUCUGCAGCCAUCUGGAAAGCACUGCUGGGUGUGUUUCGCCACAGAGCAGGAUGACCCCGGUGCUGAGUGGCUGAGUCCCUGCAGGUGCAGAGGAAGCACUAAGUGGGUGCACCUGACCUGCUUGCAGUACUGGCUGGACACGAGACUGAGGGUGAGCCAGCAGCCAAUCAGAUGUCAGCUGUGUGAGGUGGCAUACUCUGUCAUCUUCCCGCAGAUGGGCCCACUGGUGGACUUUCUGCGAGUGGUGGACAGAACGUUGACAGCCAUCGGUCCAUACGGGACCCUUGGGUUGCUGGUUGGGACGGCGUACUGGACAGCUCUGAGCUACGGCGCUGUGACGGUCGUGCAGGUUAUGGGACGGGCAAAUGGUAUGAUGGCUAUACGGGGAGCAAGGCCUGUGCUCCUGCUCGCCGGCCUGCCCGCCAUCCCCGUACUGCUCAUUCUCGGGAAGACCAUCCGCUGGAAUGACUGCGUCUUGAAGCUGUGGCAGAAAUGCUGCUACGAACCAAAGCUGCCGCCAGAUAACCGGCGGUACCUGCCCCCCAUUCCUGUGGAUGAGCCCAGAGGGAAGCGUCAGUUCCUGACUUCCAGGAUGCUUUGUGGCGCACUCAUGUUUCCCUCCAUUGCUGUUCUAACUGGGCGGCUACUGUUCCCAUCUGUGACCUCUCACCUGCAGCGCGCUUUGCUGGGUGGCAGUGCUUACGUGCUGCUCAAAGGUGUGCUGAAGGUGUACUUCACACAGCAGCUGUUCAUCAUGCACGCCAGCAGGCGCAUCCUCAACUAUGGUGACGUUCAGAGAGCAGAGCGCCACAGGCAUGACAGCGGCAAUUAGAGGCGGAGCUGAUGGUGCAGAAUUGUUUUUAACUGAAUCCUGGAGUAGUUUAAACUGUUUUUACCAGACAAUGUGAACACUGACACUGCGUCUUGCCUCACUCUGGUCAAAUGAUCUGCAAUACGACAAGCUGAACCUGCUCACACAGUUAUGGAGCCCAGUGGGUCAGAACCAGACUGUAACUGGACUAUGGUGUUUCUGGUGUAUUUUAACUAGCGGAUUGCUCUGAUUGCAGUCUGUCAGCAGCUCCAUAUGGAUUAUUAU